UUGUUUCCAGCGGUUUGAUUUUCGAGUUCCGUUUUGGCUGAUUCGAAUUCGAGAUAGAGAAUUACAUGCAAAAUGAGCGUGGUGUACCGAGUGUACCGGGAGCGCUUGGUCUUGGACAGUCAAUUGCAACGACCAUAUCCAAUGUCUUCUUCGUUGUCCAAUUCCUGACGCCGCUUUUGUUCGGUGUGAUUUCAGACACCUGGCUGGGACGUUAUAGGACGCUACUUCUCGGUUUGUGCCUGUCGUUAUGUGGCAAUCUCGUUAUGCUCACAACUUCGUUACCUGUCGCCCUCGAUAGAGGAGCAGGCCUGCCAGGUCUAAUUGUAGCAAUGUUCCUGAUUGCAUCGGGCGUCGGAGCUACCAAGGCAACAGUUUCGCCUUUUAUAGGCGAUCAAUUACCGAAAAAGAAACCUCACGUUGCUAGGCAGAAGAACAGAAAUUUGGCCAUCGUGGACGGUGCGCGUACUUUGCAGCUUCUGUAUAAUGCGUUCUAUUGGCUCACGAAUAUUGCUUCACUCUCUUCGAUUCCUGCCACAUUCUUAGAGCGCUAUGUCGGAUUCUGGACCUCGUACCUAAUGGCUACUGGAUCCUUGCUCAUUGCAACGGCGCUGCUCAUUCUCUUUGGAUCCAAACUAGGGAGGAAUUGCUUGCCCCAAGCUUCACGCGUUCUAAAGCUGGCAGCACUGAGCGGAUUCAAGUUAGACCACACGAAGCCAGAAUACCAGCAGCAAGUCCGUGGAGUCCAAGUCUCAUGGGACGACAACUUCGUAGACGAGCUCAAGAAAGGACUACUUGCUUGCCGCGUCAUCUUCACAUUCGCCUUCUUCUACCUCGCCAUAAUGCAAAUGCACAACAACCUCAUCUCCCAAGCCGGGCAGAUGAACCUCCACGGCGUACCCAACGACAUGAUCCAAGCAAUGGCAGGCGUCGCAUGCGUCGUCUUCGGCCCUGUCAUCCAAGCCCUCUACGACCUCCUCGCCCGCCGCCGCAUCGCCUUUGGACCCAUGAAGCGCAUCACCGCCGCCUUCGUGAUCUGCGGUGCCGCAAUGGCGUACGCGUCGGGGCUCCAGAAAAUCAUUUACAGCACGGGGCCGUGCUACGAGGCGCCCCUUGCCUGCGAGGCGGCGGAUGGAGGAAGAGUACCGAAUGACGUUAAUGUGUGGACGCAGCUUCCCGUGUAUGUUGCACUGGCGAUCGCGGAGAUCUUCGGGCUGGUGACGGUGAGUGAGUAUUCGUAUAGCAAUGCGCCAAAGGAUAUGAGGAGCGUCGUACAGGCUAUGGUGCAGCUCAGUGCAUGUUUUGGGUCAGUUAUGGGCAUUGCGAUCAGUCCCGCAGCAAGAGACCCAUGGCUAGUAGUGGUUUAUGCUUCUAUUGCUGGCGCGUUAGCCGUUUGCUCUGUGGGGUUUUGGUUCUGCUUUCGCAAGCAUGAUAAAACUGGGACUGCUCACAUUGAUUGAUUCGACAUCGGACUACAGGCCUGGGGAAGAGCUCGUUCCUGGUGUCGAUUGUAACCCAGGUUCUUUUGUAGUGUUGGAGAAGUGUAUUGAAACAUGGGAACGAACUGAACCUGAGCCAGGUUCUAAUCAAACUCAACAUCCAAACCCAAACUACUCCUCUUAAGUUUCAAACCCCUAAUCUUCCCAUUCCAAUCAGCAUAUAUCAAUUUUCACGUUCCAUUACUCACACAUACAUACACAAUCAUGGCCACUCCGAA